AUGGCGAUCUCAGGUUUCCUCUUCGUCUCAUGGCGGAUAUGGGAGAUCGUCACACUCAUCCCCAUCGUGGGUAUGCUGGCCUGGUUCGUCAAUGGCUACGUCGACAGCAACUCCCUCACACCCACGUACAUCUUGGUGCUGUUCAUAGUAUCAGUACUAGCACUGGCCUGGGCGUUCUUCACGACGAUUAGCUAUUUUCGUGCAAGACACGAUGCGCUCUUCGUCGCCCUGGUCGAUCUGGCAUUCGUUGGGGCGCUCAUUGCUGGUGUGGUGGUCAUGCGAUUCAUCGCUGGGGCCAACUGCUCCAACUUCGAGGCAUACAUCAACUUCGACGGGGUUCGCGGUAACUCGAGCUGGGCUUUCCAUCUCAACAAGGGCUGUGCGAUGCUCAAGGCCAGCUUUGCCUUUGGCAUUAUCAACAUCAUCAACUUCUUCGUGACUUUUCUCCUCGCACUCCUCGUUCAUCAUCACCACCGCAACGACGACCGAGUCGUAGUCAAGCGCGAAUACCACACAUCAAGACACAGCCACCGUCGUUCAGCCAGUCGAGACUACAGCCGCAGGAGUCGCGACGACUACAGGCCGAGAAGUGGAAGAGGAAGCACGCAUCGGUCGAGCAGUCGACGACAAUACUACGUAUGA